AUGGAGUUAUCUGAUGCAGUGGCGGUGAAGUCUAGCAGAUUGAAAUCCGUGGUCUGGAAUGACUUUGAUAGGGUGAAAAAGGGGGACACUUUUGUUGCUAUUUGCCGGCAUUGCAAGAAAAAACUGAGCGGGUCGAGUACCAGCGGGACUUCGCAUUUGAGGAACCACCUGAUAAGGUGUCAGAGAAGAAGCAGCCAUGGUAUUAGCCAGUAUCUCACCCCUAGGGAAAAGAAAAAGGAAGCAACACUUGCACUUGCCAACGUGACUAUGGAUCAGGAUCAGAAGAUGGUGGAACCACUUACCAUCUUGAACUACAAGUUCGAGCAGGGACAGCUGAAAGAUGAACUAGUAACUGUCGCAAAGGGUAACAUGGACCAGAGGAGAAGUCAACUUGAUCUCGCACGAAUGAUCAUUCUUCACGGCUAUCCAUUGAGUAUGGUUGAACAUUCUGGGUUUAAAUUGUUUCUCAAGAAUCUGCAACCGCUGUUUGAGCUUGUAACCUUCGAUAAAGUUGAGGCUGACUGUAAGGAAAUUUAUGUUAAGGAGAGGCAGAAGGUGUACGAGGUGCUCGAUAAAUUGCCUGGCAAGAUUAGCCUUACUGUUGAUCUGUGGACUGCUGCAGAUGUUGGUGAGUAUUUGUGUUUGUCGGGACAUUAUGUUGACGAAUCUUGGCAAUUGAAGAAGAAGGUGUUGAAUUUUAUAAUGAUGGAUCCUUCUCAUACCGAAGACAUGCAUUCAGAGGACAUCAUGAACUGUGUAAAGGAAUGGGAUAUUGACCGCAAGUUGUUUUCAAUGACAGUUGAUAGUUACUCUACUACUGACAAUAUGGUGUUUCGGAUCAGAGAUCAGCUGUCCCAGAACAGAUUCUUGUACUGCAAUGGUCAACUAUUCGAAAUACGGUGUGCUGUGAAUCUUGUCAAUCUAAUGGCACGUGAUGCGUUGGAUGCACUCCUUGAUAUCACAAAUAAGAUUAGGGAAAGCAUCCGGUAUGUCAGAAGUUCACAACUAAUCCAAAAUAAAUUCAGUGAGUUGGCCUUACAAGCUGGAGUUGUUUGUGAAACUGAAAGGUGCUUGUUGCUUGAUAGUCCAUCACGUUGGGACACUACAUAUUGUAUGCUUGAAACAACAUUGGAGUACAGGAGAGCGUUCUCUCUCCUUCGGGAGCAAGACCCUGCCUUCAUGGUCUCCCUAUCUGAUUUGGAGUGGGAGAGAGCUGCUACUGUGUCCAGCCACUUGAAGUUAUUUCUUGAUGUGAUUAAUGUUUUCACGAAGAGCAAAUAUCCAACUGCAAACAUAUAUUUCUCUGAGGUCUGUGAUAUUCACCUGCAGUUGAUUGAAUGGCGCAACAAUCCUGACGAGUUUAUGUCUAACGUGGCAGCCAAGAUGAAAGGCAAGUUUGAUGAAUAUUGGGACAAGUGUAGUUUGCCUCUUGCAGUUGCUGCCAUGCUAGAUCCUCGUUUUAAGAUGAAGUUGAUAGAAUACUACUACCCACAGUUAUUCGGUAAUGGGUCUGCAGAGUUUGUUGAUGAAGUGUUUGGGUACAUCAAGACUCUUUACAGUGAACACUCAAUUGGAUCCCCGUUAGCUUCUCUUGACCAAGGUCUGGCCUACCAAGUUGGAGUUGGUGGUAGUUCUGAUGCCUUAUCUAUCUCUGCACGGGAUAGGUUCAUCAAGUUUGACAAGUUCCUCCAUGAAACUUCCCAAAGCCAAUGCUCCAAGUCUGAUUUAGACAAGUACUUGGAAGAACCGCUCUUUCCCCUAACUGCAGAUUUCAACAUAUUAAACUGGUGGCACGUUCACACUCCCAGCUAUCCCAUACUAGCCAUGGUGGCUCGGAACGUCUUGGGAGUCCCAAUGUCGAAAGUUUCGCCAGAGCAUGCUUUUAGCAAUGGAGGACGAGUCCUCGAACAUCAGGACUGGUCUCUGCAACAACCCGAUACCGUGCAAGCUUUGAUGUGUUGUCAGGACUGGAUAAGGAAUGAUGUGGAGAGACGUGACUACUGA